AGUCUAACUUCAUUUGGUAAACACUAACCCUGAGUUUUUGUGGGUUUUACCACGCCAGGGUCUGGCUGAACUCUGCAGGCUGCAGCUGCUUCAUUCAGUUCAACGUCCCUUACAAAGAUGCGCGUAUCUUCGGUUGGAAAUACUUAACAUCCGCUCGGGCAACAGUUUCACCAUGCGGUUUGUGCAGCGCCGAUAAAACAAGUGAAAUAUCAGCAUGUUUUAAACCCAGGAGUGUUGAGGCUGACUUCAUCGUCUGGUGGCAGUUUGGAGAAAAAUGUUUUGCUUCGGCAACGUAGAGAGCUUCGACUCAUGUGCCCGACUCAGCAAGUCAGGGCAACAGAGGGUGAGAACGCAACUCUUCCGUGUCAUCCGGAUCAACGGAUCGACUUGUCUAACCACACAGUGGAGUGGACCAAACUCAACCCCGAGGAGACCGUCCACGUCUAUCGACGCAGAAAGGACGAUCCUGGCCCACAGAGUCCACAAUACAAAGACAGGACGACUCUGAACCGUGAGGACCUGAAGACAGGAAACCUGGCGCUGCACAUCUCCUCAGUGAAUCAGUCUGACAGCGGGACGUACAGAUGUGUCAUCCCAGAGGAGGCAGAGCCCUGUACUGUUGUCCUUCUCAUCGAAACCCAAGACCAACCGGGCGAGAUAGAGACAACAACGCGUCUUCUGGAAGAAGGAGAGCUUCGACUCAUGUGCCCGACUCAGCAAGUCAGGGCAACAGAGGGUGAGAACGCAACUCUUCCGUGUCAUCCGGAUCAACGGAUCGACUUGUCUAACCACACAGUGGAGUGGACCAAACUCAACCCCGAGGAGACCGUCCACGUCUAUCGACGCAGAAAGGACGAUCCUGGCCCACAGAGUCCACAAUACAAAGACAGGACGACUCUGAACCGUGAGGACCUGAAGACAGGAAACCUGGCGCUGCACAUCUCCUCAGUGAAUCAGUCUGACAGCGGGACGUACAGAUGUGUCAUCCCAGAGGAGGCAGAGCCCUGUACUGUUGUCCUUCUCAUCGAAACCCAAGACCAACCGGGCGAGACAGAGACAACAACGCGUCUUCUGGAAGAAGGAAAACCUCGACUCAUGUGCCCGACAGAGCGAGUCAGGGCAACAGAGGGUGAAAGUGUGACUCUCUUGUGUCAUCCGGAUCAACGGAUCGAUUUGUCUGAAGACACAGUGGACUGGACCGUCCACGUCUAUCAGUGCGGACAGGACGAUCUUGAUCCACAGAGUCCACAAUACAGAAACAGGACGACUCUGAACCAUGAGGACCUGAAGACAGGAAACCUGACGCUGCACAUCUCCUCAGUGAAUCAGUCUGACAACGGGACGUACAGAUGUGUCAUCCCAGAGGAGGCAAAGUGCUGUAUUGUUGUCCUUCCUGUCGGUGAGUAUCUUGAAGACUGUACAGACCAAUUUAGGACCUUUUUAAUUCCAGAUUUUGGUGAUGAACUGCAGAUAAUGAAAGACCUUUCUCCCUUUGCUUGUGUGAGUCAUGGGGAAUCAGUGGGAAUUGUAUAUCAUUUGAAACUACAAACAUGAUGACAGGAGGCAAUCCCAGCUCAACUGGACCUCCAGAAGGGACCAAGCCAAGCAGGAAGCACCUUGAUUUGGUUCUCUAGAAAAGUCUUGGAUGUCUUUGAGUACACGAUAAUCUGACUGGGGGUGUUUUUAAAUUAUGAGAACUAAUUAUCAGAACGAAGAACUGUGUUGUGAAAACCACUCAGCUCGGCUCCCUGAUGUUCCUUC